AUGGACGAGUUCCUCGCCACGCCGCAUGGCCUCCGAAACUCCGGCGAGGCUGGCGCAUCGGCCCCCGAUUCCCCGGGCUCCAGCAUAGCAGGCUCGGCGCGGGAUUCUGGCACACCUGGCACCCUUUCCCAAAUUUCCGCGGACCUUGCCGCGAUCUCCGCGAGUAUGAUGACCCAGAAGGAUAAAGGAGAAAUAAUAAGGGAAGAAAUAGCGGCUGUACGCACCAACCUCACGGCACUGGAGCAGCGAGUUGAUAUGUUGGAGGUUGAGCGCCUACAAACUCAACAGCACCGGCAGGCAUCUGAGUUGGCGACCACAAGACAGGGCAAUAUCCUCCUGGACCUCCGCCGGCAGGUUGAAGACCUAGAUAAUCGCGGAACAACAUCAGGGUCAGAGGCCUGCCUGAAUUUGAGGAUGAGGUACCGCAGGAACUACUGA